AUGUCUUUCGAAUCGUUCAAGGAUCAUGGGCGUACAGCUCUCAUAGCAGCACAGGAAGAACUACAGUCUCGUUGGAACACCGACGUCCCCGCGACAGAAAGAGACNUUUGGGGUAAUCCAAAACAUCUGAAGAAUCUCGCCACGUCGCUGCAAGCCGAGUAUCCAAAAGACAAGCUACACGUCCUUGUCACCAAGAGCAACUCGAACAACUUCACCUACGAUGGCAUUGAAUUAGGAGGAGAGCGCACCACCAAUGAGGUCGAGGAAGAAAUCAAGACACUUGAGAAGGAUGGCAGAAAAAUCACAAAGAUAAGCAUUGUCGGCUACUCGCUGGGCGGCCUGGUCGCGCGUUAUGUUGUCGGUCUGUUGUACUCUAAGGGCUACUUCGACCGCAUACAGCCCGUCAACUUCACCACCUUCGCAACACCCCAUUUAGGCGUGCGAUCGCCUCUUCUUGGUCCCCACAACUAUCUCUGGAAUGUUCUCGGUGCCCGCACUUUGAGCACCUCCGGUCGCCAGCUUUUCACUGUUGACUCCUUCCGAGAUACUGGCCGCCCACUAUUGACCGUGCUGGCAGAUCCAAGUAGUGUCUUCAUCCGUGGUCUGGCCAAGUUUAAACACCGCACCCUCUACUCCAACAUCGUCAAUGACCGCAGUGUUGUUUACUACACAAGCUGUAUCACCUACAAGGAUCCCUUUGUUAAUCUUGACGCUGUCGAUCUGCAACCAUUGCCCGGAUACGAUGGUGUUUUACUACGGCCCGAUGAGCCAGUACGUCCGAAACUUCGAGCCCCGCUUGGUUUCUGGGCCCGAGUGAGAGCCACGAGCUGGUCCACUCUGACAGCCGUCCCAUUCUAUCUCCUGCUAGCCGUCCUCAUUCCUGUCGGUAGCAUGCUAUUCCUCAUCAACAGUGGAAUCCAAACAGUCCGAUCCGCACAGCGUGUCCGUCUACACGAAUCCGGUGGUGCCGCCUUUGGAAUCGAGCGCUACAGAACCAAUCUACUUCUUGAAGAAACGCAGAAUCUUGAGGAACGCGUUUACGAACACCUUAACUCUAACCAAGGGCAAGACUACUUGCCAACGCCACCGUCUGAAGAUGAAGAACGCUUUUCUAAGGCCGAGCAUAACGGUACCAAAUUCAAAAGUCAAGAGAAGUUCCCCACCCUCGCCCUCACAUCAGAUCAAUUCUAUAUGAUUGAAGGGCUGGAUAGCGUGGGCUUCACGAAGUAUCCUGUUCAUAUCAGCAAGGUCAGGCAUACGCAUGCAGCCAUUGUCGUAAGGACGAACCGCUGGGGCUUUGACGAAGGCAAGAUCGUUGUUGGACAUUGGGUCAAGCAUUUUGAAAUCUAG